AGUUGUCUCGGUGCUUCACGCCAAAUCGGUCGCAAGUUCCAAAAGCCGGAGGAGCUUUUAACUUUUGAGCUAUAUACCCUCCCUUAACAAGUUGUAGCUUGAUUUAUGUGUGUGUCUCUGUGUCACAUCUCAAGUUCUACUUCAACUUCUCAUGUGAUAUACGUUGAAGAAUUAUCUGAAAACUUUUUGGGCGGGAGCUUUAGGGUACCGCUGUGGUGUAAUUAGAGGGUAAUCCAAGUCACUGAAUCAACGUGCAAAAGAAGUGAAAUAGUAGUUCUCAAAAGGCAAAGACAUCAAAAGAGGAUCCUUCGUAUCAAGGGAGUUGCUCUACGAAGAAAAUACGAUACACUAUAGACACACAGAAAAGAUAAAAAGUGGAUAGAGAAUGGAAUUUCAGAGACAAUCGGCAUUGAUUUGCCAGUGAAAAACUUCAAGCGUAGUACAAUACCUAAUUAAAAUCGUGAAGUGACUAACAAUUGAACUGUACAAGUGCUUGUCUUCAAUUUUCUCAAUAAACUGGUGCAAAGAGAGAAAAUUUAGCUUGGGAAAAUUGUUAUAUUAAAACUUUUCGAUGGGUGGUGCUUGUUAAAUUACAGAAAAACAAUUUACAAUCAACAAGUUCAUUAAGCCGAUGUUGGAUGGAGUGAAAGUGGAGUGAACCCCCGCAUUUUGGAUACAGCAGGGUCGGCCUACGGUGUGUGUGUGACAAACGACAGUCAUGGCGAAAAAUUACUCCAACUCCGCGAUGAUGAUGCACCUGUUGAUACUCCUGGCCACCGGUAUUGACUUAUGCCUCGGUGGUGCCAUCAGCCACGCGAGUGGAGUUAAAGCAGAACCCAUGUUUAUAUCACAAUCGGCUGCAUUUAAAUUCGUGGUCGGCGAUACUAUUUCUCUACCCUGCGAAGUGACGCAUCCAGGUACAUACGUCCUGGCAUGGAAACGUGGAAUAGCCAUACUAACUGCGGGCACAGUCAAAGUCACACCCGACCCCAGAGUACGAUUAGUGAAUGGAUACACGUUGCAAAUCAAGGAUGCCGUACCCCAAGAUGCUGGAGACUACAUCUGCCAAAUUGCCACGCUAGAUCCUCGAGAGAUUACACACCAUGUUGAGAUUCUAAUUCCACCGAAAAUUCAUCAUGUAACAUCCGGAGGACAUUUGCAGGUGAAGAAGGGUUCUCCGGUGCGUCUUGAGUGUUCCGCCACAGGAAAUCCCACCCCCAACAUCACGUGGACGAGGAAGAACAAUGUCCUCCCAAAUGGUGAGGAAAAAUUCGUCUCACCAACAUACGUAAUUGAGAAUAUGGAUCGACACAAAGGCGGAAUCUACAUCUGCACAGCAUCCAAUGGUGUUGGGCACUCAGCUUCCAGCCAAAUUAAUUUACACGUCCUCUAUCCACCUGAGAUAUCCGUAGAGCGGCAGGUUGUGUUCUCAGGCGAGGGUCAGGAGGCGGCACUCGUGUGUAUUGUUCACGGUGAAGCUCAACCGGAGGUAAUGUGGUUUAAGGACACAAUGCAAAUCGACCAAACAGACCGAAUGAUUACAGAGGCUAGGGGUGCCAGACACACCCUGAUUAUUCGUAAGGUGCACGCCAUGGACUUUGGAAAUUUCUCCUGUGUCGCUGACAAUCAACUAGGCAAGAGUCGUAAGAGUAUCAUGUUGACUGGGAAGCCCAAUGUGGCCACUUUUAGGUCUGCUCCAAUUAGUCAAUGGAGAGACAAGUACAACAUCUCUUGGACCGUGGACUGCUUCACGCCAAUUGAAGAGUACAAGCUCUACUACAAACCAAUAUUUUCAAGCCAGGACCAGGGUCAUCAAAUGUAUGGACCCAAGCUGAGGUCACCAUUCAUUCCGCAGGACCAACCACCUAGUCCGGCGUAUGAUACCUUUAACUACCAUGCUGGGUAUGGGAAUGCCAUCCAUUGGGGUAAAAAUGAGUGGCGAGACAUUCUUCUUGCUGCUGUUCCACAAUCAAAGCACUACACUCAAGGAAUGAGCUACGUGAUAAGAAAUCUUGAUCCAGAUCAACAGUAUGAAGCCAAAGUGCAAUCAAGAAAUCGCUUUGGUUGGAGUGAUUUCACCGAGAGAUUCCUCUUCACCACCUCGAAUACAGACACGGAAAUGAGGGACAUGAGUGUCACACACUAUAGCAGUCCAUCAACCGGGACAAGAAGUCGCUGGAUAUGGAGCCUACAUCUCAUUGUUCUCACCGUGGUUCCAAGGGGACUCCUUGCGUGGUUUUAAGGUCUACUGUGGGAAAAAAUGCUCAGGAGACCAUUUUAGAGAGCACUUUUUUUCGGACAAAGAGUGUCGUAUUGUGGGUAAGGGUUUAUCCAGAGAGAUUAUAUGAAUAAAAAAGAAAUUUAAAAAAAAAUACAAGGGACAAAAACUGUGGUGCGCAUUUCAUAAAAAAAUACUAAUGUGUGUUAAAGUGUGGCUCAUAAACCAGUGAAUUUGAGUUUUUUAUUCAUCAUAAAUAUUCUCUUGGUUGCAUUAAACUUUUUCCUCAUUAAAUAAAAUGUUGUAAGGAUGACACAAAAAAUUGAAUUCUCAUUCACCUAAACUAAAUAGGUAGUUGUAUUUAAUGAAAAAGAUAAAUGAUGAAGAAAAAAAUGGCCAGAGAAACUAAUUAAUUAUAGUUCAUAAAAUGAAUAAUUAUUAUUGAAAACCCUCCCUCUAAGUUGGGAGAUAUUGUGAGAAUAAUGGACUGACGGAAGAGUCACGCUAAAAAAAAGUUAUAGAACUCAAUUUAAAAGUGAGAUAACGCGUUGUUAUUAAACAUUUUUACAAGUUUUUGAUAAACCGGUCGGUAAACGCGCUUCACUAGUGCGCCAAAAGGUGAAACAGGCGUCAAGAGUGGUAGAUUUCGAGAACAAUGGAGUAGAAGGAGUUUACUAAAGGAGCAGGAAAAAAGUAUCCACCGUGUUUCUCAUUAUCGUGCAAAGUGCGAGUGAAUUGUGCCGGGGAGCUUUUCUCUGGCUUGAGCUCCCAAAGCUCACCAUUCCAAAUUGAAGGCGAAAAGUUUAUAAUGAAAAUUGAGUGUGACGCCUCUUCCGCACCAACUUCCGCCAUCAUCCACCAAAAAGCCUGGCAGAAAAAAAACAGACCAGGCUAUGAAAAAAAUUAAUAACAUAGACAAUGCAUUUUGUUAUUGAAAACAACAGGGGUAGCUUUUCGAUGGAAAAUGAAAGCGCAAGCAUAAAGUGCAACAUUGAUCAUUUCUGCAAAAUUCCCCAGAACAAUGAGGAUUAAUUAAGGAGAUUUUGCUGUGUGACAUUAUGUGAGGAAUAUGAGUGACGAAAAAGCUCAGUGUGAUGAGAUGAAUUUUAGAAUAAUAGUAGUGCUAAGUAAUUCAUUUAUUAUAUGGGGCAUUUUGAUAAUGCAUCUGGCGUCGGUAGAAUUUUUGGUAAAAUCAUUCUUUAUGAAUUUAUUACGGAGAAGACAGAAAAUAUUUUUGUUCACAUGCAGCGCAUUUUCUCAGGAUUUGUAACCACCCUCAACAUCGUUGAGCUUUGGGUUGAAGAGGAUAUAGAAAUUACAGCAUAAAUUACACAUGACAAAAGAUUUCCCAUUCUAUAGGGGGGGAAAAUUUUUGGUGGUUGUGGAUGGGAUACUCUCUUUUGGGAUCUAUGGAUGGGUGAGAUGAAGUUUUCUCUCCAAGUGAAACCAAGUAUCAUCAUCUUCAUCUUCAUCAUUGUGUCGUGACACACAAAAUUGACGUCGCUUUUAGUUAUACCCACACAUAACAGCAUUUUCUGAGAGAAAACCCCAUCGAAAACUCCCAACUCUCGUCCAACACAAUACUCAUUACGUAAUAUUAUGUAUAAGAAUUAAAAUUAUAUACACACAACUCACUGUAAUAUCAAUGGGAAUGGGAUGUUGAAGACGAGCUGUGUGUACCAAGAAAAUUGAGGGUGGUUCGGAAUAAGUGUUCGUAUUCAGCCUUUGUUGCUUACAAAAAUUUCUUCCAAGGUAAUCAGAUUUGAAAUAUAUGGUGUACAUCUUUUAUUAAACUUUGAGAUGAUACUUUAGAUAAAUUAAUGAUAAAUCAACAUUACAGACAGAUCAAAUUUCAUACAAGGGAGAGUGGGGAUGUUUGAGACACGGAUGAUUUUUAAGUCAAGAUAAAAAGAGCACAAAUCCUUAUAAAUGACGUGUGUGAAAUUUCAGACAGUUUGUAAUAUCGGGCACUUUGAGUGAAACAUCGGAAACCGUAAUAAUUAAAAUUUAGGACUUAAAAUAUUUUUGAACAAUGUCUUUCUUCUAAGUGUUUUUUUAGAAUGUAUCGUUUUCACUUUUAAAUAGAAUUAGAAUUAAAAUUGUUCAAUUGGAAAUUGUUUCAAAUUGGAACUCCAGAGUGAAGAUAGUUUUACGAAAACUUUAACAGAUGACUUCGUGAUGAUUGAGUUCUUGAUGGCUGAUUCUUUUCCAUAUUUUUAAUUAAUAUUGUUAAAUAUUGUUCUAAUUUUUGUUAUCAUCAAUUGGUUCUGUAGAUCUAAAGCGAAAUUUCCUAGGAAGAUUACAUUUUACGAAUAAAAAAUAAAUAUUUUGUCAGUGGUUCACCAAUUAAGUUGUGUUUGUUAUAUCGUACAGUAAAUGUGUUUCUCAAAAUUUUAUUACAAAAACCGUUUUUUCCUUGAAUGAAUUGCUGCAAAAAAGUUUGGAGGAGUUCCGGAAAGACAAUGAAUUCAGAGAAACUUUGUGUCCGAAAUUUCACACAAAAUAAAAAAAAUAGAAAGAAUUUUUUUAAAGAUAUAAAAAAAAUUAUAAAUUACUUUAAAACGUUCUAAACAACACUGGAAUUUUAUUUAAAACUUAACGCUUUAAAGUCAGAACAUUGGUACACUGAGAAAAAUCAGAAAAAGUUAAAAUAACAUUCCGGAAAUGUUAAUUUUAUCCUUAAAAAGAUGUAAAAUUAACAUUAAAAAAUGUUGAUAUAUUUUUACACCUAAAAAGUGUUAAAGUUAUGAGGAAAAAAGUUAAUCGCACCCUCUUUUUUUUUUCUCAGUGUACUUGAAAUCUGUCACAAAUUCAUCUGAACCCCUCCCCAUUAAAAUCUCGUUAUAUGACUUGUUUUCUUCAAAUUUUCAAUUUUGUUUUCAUUUUAAAUUAAACCUAUUCCUAACCUCUUCAAUCGGUUUCAUAUAGAACAAUCACAAUCGAACUCAUAGCGAGAAAUCCCAUAAUUUUGAGGAAAGGAUUAUAGUAGUGAUGCUUACAUUUUACUUUUAAAAUUUUAAUUAUAAAUUUGUCCUUUGAAAUCUUAUAUGGCCUUUCUCAAUUUCAAAAAAUAUGAGAUUGUUUGAGAAAAUGCGCUGCAAAAGACAACAAAGUAAUCUUCCCUUGAGAUAGUCCCAAGGAGAUGCUCCUGAAAAGAUGUGGGAAAAUUAAUUUUCACGGUUUUCAUUUGCAUUCACAUAAAAUCAAUUUAAAUUACUUGUUACAAGAGAGUGAGUAUGAAUGUAUAAAUAAGUAUACAGCGAUAUAUUUUGUAUGGUUUAAUGCUGAAAGAAAAUAUCUGUGCUGGGCUUUAUUGUUUUCCAUUUGAGAGACUCUCUUAAGAGGAAGGUAUUAUGUGUAUAUUGUAGCGAUAAUAUGAAAUUUACAGCCACUCAUUCCAACUACGAACCUUCCGAAAAACUUAAACAAUACCAUAGCAGAUGAAAAGCUCACUCUCUCUCUUCCUAUUUCUCGUACUAAAAGCUGAUGCUACAGACUUGAAUCGGAAGUUUUUCCAACUCUUCUCCCAAAUUCAUUUUCCCAUUCAACAACCCUAAAGGAGAUAUUUUUGAACAUUGAGAUAGGAAUUUACUUGCCCAUAAUGUAUUUUAUUAGUUUUCCCGAACAAUCUGUCUUAUCUUACCUUCCCCCGUUCUCUCUCUCAUUCUAUCUGCCCCUGAAGGAAAUUAUUGCAUUUCAUAUUCUUGUGUGUACAAUAUUCAUUCACAAUAUAGAAUUAGAAUGUAUGAACGUAAAAUUGCGAGUUUUGUUUAUUUUGUGUAAAUAGUAAUUAAAAACAAGCCUUAGUUUUCGAUAAGACGAGCAUAUUUGCAUUUGUGAAAAGUGGGAAGAAGGAAAAUUAAUGAAGAAGUGACUGCAGUAAAUAAAGAAAUGUCCCCAUUUCAAUAUUAAAUGUAAAUGUUUCUAAAAUAGUCAACACAUGGAGAUUAAUUCAUAUGAUUAUAUUUUAUAAAUGUAUAAAAGAAGGUAAUAUAUUUAUUAGAUUAUAAACUAACAUGAACCAUGUUUUUAAAUGCUAAUAAACGUCACGCAAAACUCGAUCAAAAUCAAAA